UUCAGUACCACGUGAGAAGAAUGUGCAAUGACAGCUUCACGAGCGGCUCCGCUCCCAUCUUUGCAUUCCAGAGCAGUGGCGUGGAGACAGCACGCUGGCGAAGGUUUGCAGGAAUGGGCACAUACACACGGCGGCACUUCUGAAUGUAGCUAACGUUUGAUAUAUAUAUAUAUUUUUUUUAUCAAUUUUCCUUAUUUUCUUUUCUUUUUUCCCCCUUUUCUUUGAUUAGCCUAUUUUUAUUUUUAUUCGAACCAAAUCGCCAUGGCUUGGCCGUGCAUAAGCAGAGUGUGCUGUCUGGCUCGGUUCUGGAACCAGUUUGAUAAAUCCGAUCUUUCAGUGCCACUGACCAUACAGAACUACUCGGACAUCACCGACCAAGAGGUACAAUCCGUCACCAGGCAGGUACCGACGGACCGGGUUCUGAGGCACAACUAUUCCACCACGGAACACCGCGGAUCCCCCCAGACACCGGGAGAUGCCCCGGGGACCCAUAGGUCAUUGAGGGGCCGGAGGGAGCCCAACUUCAAACCCCGGGAGGACUACCACCAAACCGGUGUGCCUUUCUCCACUGUCACCCAGUACAAGCAGGAUUACAAACCCUGGCCUAUUCCGAAGAAGGAGAAUUUCCCCUGGAUUAGCAAUGGCGGAAAAGGGGGUGAAGUUGGUUCGGAUAGCCCCGUAAACUGUAACCCCAAUGCGAGCCAGACUAGAGGGGACAUGGGGGAGAGAGAGGAGCGGGGGACGGUAACAGCCAACAGCUCUUACAGACAGGAGUACAGGCCGUGGACGGGGGCAAGACCAGCCAAGACCACCAGGAAACAACGCCCCCCUGCCCCGUACGCCAGUCCCGGGUUGGGGGUCUCCCACCUCCCUAAUGAGACCAGCUACCAAGCCGCCUACAACGGAGCCGGGGAGUCUUUCAGACACACAGAGCUUCACCAGAGGGACCAUACUCCCAGCACCUCCACUGCUGACCUGCUGACCACCACCUCCAUCUCCACCGUCCCCCAAAACACCGUAACCCCACUCCAGCCCUACUCCAUUGCCACUACCACCCCUAUCACCACCACCACCGGCCUCCAGCAGAGCAGCCUGCCAGAGAGACCCGACCUCAGUAUAGGAACCAUGGGAGAGCGUGACAGGGAGUGGAACUCUUUGGGGAAUCUCCAGGGGUUUAGUGCCAUCCCCCCGCCCACGCUCCUCUGUGCCAUCUGCCAGCGGAGAGUAGGAGAGGACGGGCCGGGCUGGACUGGACUUACUCGGCUUUUCCGCUUUCACUCGUUGUCAUCUAUGGCAGAGAGAUUAGAGAAAGAAGAAACUCCUGCACACUGCUUGCUAGGAAUGUUUCAGUUGUCAGUUUAAUAACAAGUUGAAAUAAACAUAUUUUUGGCCAAUCACAUGGGAGAACAUGUUUUAGUGUAUAGUCUUUCUGUUGUAGCAGUAGCGUAGCCAGACAUUUUUGGGUGGAUGGGCCUGUAGAAAACAGCUAACUUCCUGCAUUUCUACACAUUUUGUCAUGGGGCAAAGAGAAACAUUUGCAGUUUUAUAGCUAAUCUCAUGCUGUUCUCCACAUUUUGCCAUGAGGCUGAGAGACAAAGUUGCUGUUUUAAAGCUAAUUUCCUGCAAUUUUACAUAUUUUGCCAUAUGGUAGAGAGGAAAAUGUGCAUAGAUAAUCUCAUGCUAUGUUACACAUUUUGCAAUGAGGCUGAGAGAACAUUUAGCAUUUUUAAUGCUAAUUAAAGCUAAAAAUCUAGGUGUGUUGACUGUGAUAAAGGUACUGGAUUAUGAUCUGUUUUAUUCGCUAAAUGAACAAAUGAAGUGGGCAGUGGCAUGGUGCAUAUAGCCGUACAAGCACAGUGACAUAUGCCUCAAUGCGGUCAUAUUUGUGGGGGGUGUGGCUUUCAGUUAGUUAUUGUUGGCCACCCAUCCUAUGAGAGUGAAUGUCAUUCCAGUUAAUCUGAAUGUCAUUCCAGUGCACCGCUUGCUAUUCAUUCUAUCUGAUGGCGUUUGCACAUUUAGGGAAAAAGACAAAUAAUGUCCCGUUUGGAACACUGACAAGUAGAGAGCAUAAAAAUAAAAUGACACUUGUUUUUCUGUUCAAUCUGAUUGGGCGGACCUGUGCCUACGCGGCUGUGUUGUAGAAGGCCAGUCCAACAGUGUUUGACAGGCCACAGGAUUUAAUAUGAGAUAUGUCAUCUGUAGGUCAUAGUCUAUUAAUAACCAUGGCCCAAAAACCAGGGUGAGAUGUGUGUGUGUUCAGGGUGCAUGCAGGGAAAGGUACAACACUACAGUAGGCUACUAUGUAGAGCUGUUUUACAAAUUGUGUGCAAAGGAUUUAACCCCAUCUCCUGCCCAGAAAAGUAGACAUCAGAUACCAGCUACAGGCUAUGGUCAUCAUAUUGGACCCCCAACCCAUCAAUCAACUUCUACUUCAGUAAUACCUCCCCUCUACCCCAAAACAACAACCUAGUGCUCCAUCGUUUUUAAUCGGUCACCGAGCAAUCUGCCAACACGACGCAAAAGUCAUGGGAUCUAUAUUAAACAAUCCAGUUCAGUGUUCAGUCCCAGCCCCCACACACUGCCAAGUCAUUAUUGACACCCCAACCCACUAAGCUCUCUGACCAAGCACUCCACACACACACACACACACACACACACACAC